GUAAUCCCGUUCUGUUUUACAUUACACCGUCUCGACUGGACAUCGCAACCAAUUGUUUGAAAAUGGCGGCUGGUCAGACAACGAAACCUAACAGAGGACAAGUCCAAGUGAUUAGAUCCUCUCUUCCAUAUGAGGUCUUGCUGUAUCUGAAUGGAUGGUACUUCGGCCUGUUCUUUAUCUGUGAAAUUCUCCUGUUUGCAUACAAAGGUGAAACACUUCCUUAUGCAAAUGGAGUAUUAGCAGCAGAAGUUAUACUGGUCUUCAUUCUAGCUGGAAUCGAAGCUUUGAGGCUGUUUUUCGCACGUAAAGGCAAUUUGACAGAGAAGAUUGUUGGCGUUAUAGUGUCCAUCUUGCUGUCCAUUCCUGCUCUACUGGGGGCAAUAUUCUACCUGUACUGGCAGACCUAUGUCACUCGGGCGGACAUUAUCAUCUCAGCCAUACAGCUUGCCUUCAUUGGACUCGAGCUCAUCUUUGGAAUCAUAUCCAUCAUCACAUUUGCAAGGGCUACUCCAUACUGAUGUUUGAGAAUCUUCAAGUUUGUCAUCAUCCUGCAAUCCAUGUCCCAUCCACUGCCUUUGCUGUUUUGAUGCAAGAUAGGAAAGAUUUAACUUUUUUGAUCAUCAUCAGUUUUAAAUGUUUACUUAAAUUCUUUUAAUACGCAAACAGAACCUCAUUAAACUAUUUUUAGGAAUACUAUAAAAACUCUGGUUUUGCAAGUACAUGCAUGUGAAGUUUUCCCAUUUACAUAUAUUUAAGAUUUUGCUGUUAGUUAUGUUUACAGGAAAGUAUGCAUUUUGUUUGCUUAUGCAAUUUUUAAAUGUAUUCCCUGUGAAAUUUGACUUUGAAAGAAACAUGUUAUGUUGUUAAAAAAUCAAAUUGGAAUGGCGUACUACCUUUGGUAAUAGACUGUUAUUUGUAAGCUGUAUGAUGCAAAACUGCAACAAAUCGAUUGAGAACAGAUAUUAUUUAUGUUGGAAUGUACAUGUAAUUUCUUUUGUCUAUCCUGCUGAAUUAAUUAAUAAAAAAUUAAAAAGGUAAUCAAACAGGUAAUCAGAAGUUAUCAUAAUUACUAUGAUAAUAAGCAUGAAAAAAUGUGGUCAUAAUUUUACAGUUUGAGUUUGUCAGUAAAGUAUUGAGGUAUCAAAUUAUUAAAUUGGCCUAAAUGUAUAUAUUUUACAGGUUAAUAGAAGCGCGCAAUUGACAAAUUUAAGAAAUUAACUUGAAAAAAAAACCACACAAACAACCUUAUUAUUCCUGUCAAUAAUAAAUAUGUUUCUAUGGGAUAGCAUGAAUGUAUACUUAAAAAUAACAUAAAAAACAAAGGUUGGGCAAACUAUAUUGUUUGAAACUGGAAAAUGAUGGUUAGUUAUAAGAUUUAGACAUUGUUAGUUCUGUAAUGUUGUAUAGUGUUGUAGAUAUUUUGUAUUUAUUAUGAUGAUGUAAAUAUGGAACCAAUAAACUGUGAUAUUUGUA